AUGUCAAAACACUCUGAAAAGAAAACUAAGGCAGUCGAAUACAGAUAUGAUCAUCCUCAAUCAUACUAUCAAACAUAUGUUCCUACUCCUUAUGUAGCUUCUACAUAUGAAUAACCAAUAGUUGUAGUACCUAACAUUCAAGCAGCAACAUAAAUCAUAACAACAGAACCAACAGUAAUAAGAGAGAGAAGAGUAGUGAAAGGAGAAUCAUAAUUUAUAAAAGAAGAUCAUAUGAUAUAAGAAUAGAAUUGCUGUAUAUCUAGCACACCUUAUGUUUCAUGUUGUGACAAGGAAUAAAAAGUUGUUACUCGAUAAGUAGUAUUGAAAGAGAAGCAACCUAUUUUGUAAAAUAGAAAUGAGAAUUACGAGAAGAAAUUGGAUGAAAUAGAGAAAUUGCACAUACAAGAAAUUAAGGAAAUGGAAUUAAAGAUGUAAUAAUAAUUAGAUUAAAUGCACAAUUAAAAACUCUAGGAUGAAUAACAACGAUAAAUAUCAGAUUUAAAGCAAUCCCUCUUUGAUAUUAAAAAUCAAUUAAGUUCAAGAGUUCAAUAGAGCCAACCAUAAUAACAAUAACCUCAAAUUAUCAAUACCUAUUAAAUGGAGAGAUUGUAAAGCCAAUUGGAUAAGAAAAAGAAAAAAAUUAAGGAGUUGAAACAAAUAAUAAAUAAUAUACAAAUAGAGCUUUAGUAAAAGAGUAGUUUAGUCCAAGAUUUAGAUCUGAGAUUAAGACAACCACUUCCUUAAUCUGUAGUUCAUGUUCCAAUGCCAUAAGAGAAUUAUGAGCUAAUCAAUUAAAUGAGAUACUUAGAAUAAGAACGCAGUGUCUUAUUACGAGAAGUAGAUUCUCUCAAAUUCACUAAUUCAGAAUUAUCGUCAUUGUCAUUUAAGGAUGAUCCUGAGAAAAUUAGAUUAAAAUAGGAUUACUCUAGAAUGAUCAAUGAUUUUAGGUUUAUAGAAUAGGAGAAUAUUAAGAUGGCCACAAUCAUAGGUCAAAAGGAUGAUUUGAUUAAAUCUUUGGAGUAACGAAUCAGCAUAGAAUUAUCAAGAUAAUCAAUAUUGCUCCAAUAGCAAUCUCCUUAAAGAGUAAUUCUUGAAUAAACCACUACUACUCGUCCAAUUCAAACACAGUAUGUAAUAGAUUCAUCAUAAUCAUAUCCUCCAUAGCCAAUUCAUAAAUAAUACAUCAUUUAAGACCAACCCAUAUAAACUAUGUAGCCUACACUUUUACAGUAAUAAUAAUAAAUACUUCCCAAUGUGAAAAUAAUAUCCUGA